AUGGACAGGUUGUGUGAAAAAUUUAAAUUCAAGCAGUACAAGUCAUCCAUAUAUAACACCGCCACAAAUGGGUUGGCUGAGGCAUUUAAUAAGACAUUGUGUAACCUGCUGAAGAAAAUUGUCUCCAAGUCGAAGAGAGAUUGGCAGGAGAAUAUCGGUGAAGCGUUGUGGGCUUAUCGCACCACUCACCGUACCCCUACAGGAGUCACCCCAUACUCUCUCGUUUAUGGGGUAGAAGCUGUCCUUCCUUUGGAAAGAGAAAUUCCAUCGCUGAGAAUGGCAGUGCAAGAAGGGCUGACUAUGGAAGACAACGCCAAACUGCGACUCCAAGAGUUGGAAGCAUUGGAUGAAAAACGGUUAGAAGCUCAGAAGCGCUGGAAUGUUACCAGGCACAAAUGUCUAAAGCUUUCGAUAAACAUGUAA